UCUGCUUCGGAGGAAGAAGUGUGUUGUGAUCGUCGUGAAUUUGUGUAUAAACGAUCGUUUUAAUUAGUAGAUAAUAUAAAAAUUUGUUAUUAGCAUAAUGUGUUAGUGUAAAUAGUUGUAUAAACUUUAUAACAAAUUAGUGCUUAUGUUUUUAUUGUAAUCGAUACAUCUACAAGUAAUUUCUUACAAUGAUAAAAAUGGAAACUGAUAAAAUUGAGGAAUCAACGACCAAUAACACUCAGUAUCAAAUGACAAUUUUGCCGCCAUAUGAUACAGCUCGAAAGAAAGAACCUUCGGCAACAUUCAACACGGAGAGAGAAGCAUGUCUGAAAUACUUUGAGAAAUGGAGCGAAACAGACCAGGUGGAAUUUGUCGAAAAUCUGCUGGCCAGGAUGUGCCACUAUCAACAUGGUCACAUAAACUCCUAUCUCAAGCCCAUGUUGCAGAGGGAUUUUAUUUCUCUAUUGCCAAAGAAAGGUCUGGACCACGUGGCAGAAAAUAUUCUGUCAUACUUGGAUGCAGACAGUCUCAGAAACGCACGAUUAGUUUGUAAGGAAUGGUUUAGAGUGAUCUCGGAGGGUAUGUUAUGGAAAAAACUUAUUGAAAGAAAAGUCAGGACGGACUCUCUAUGGAGAGGAUUAGCUGAAAGGCGAAAUUGGAUCCAAUAUUUGUUCAAACCGAGGCCAGGAGAAAACCAUCGCCCUCCCGAUUUCUAUCGAGCUUUGUAUCCGAAGAUAAUUCGAGAUAUCGACAGCAUCGAAUCUAACUGGCGAAAUGGAAAACACAUUUUGCAACGUAUCAACUGUAGAUCAGAAAACAGCAAAGGAGUGUAUUGUCUACAGUACGACGAUCAGAAAAUUGUAUCUGGUUUAAGGGAUAAUACAAUUAAAAUAUGGGACAGAAGUACUUUACAGUGUACCAAAGUGCUGAUUGGGCAUACGGGGAGUGUAUUGUGUUUGCAAUAUGAUGAUAAGGUUAUAAUAAGUGGAUCAAGUGAUUCGACAGUAAGAGUGUGGACUGUAAAUACCGGCGAAAUGGUAAACACGUUGAUUCAUCAUUGUGAGGCCGUCCUACAUCUCAGGUUUAACAAUGGGAUGAUGGUUACUUGUUCAAAGGAUCGUUCGAUUGCAGUAUGGGAUAUGACAUCUCAAUCAGAAAUAACAUUACGUCGAGUGUUGGUAGGACACCGAGCGGCUGUGAAUGUCGUGGACUUUGACGAAAAAUACAUAGUGUCCGCGUCGGGUGAUAGAACUAUUAAAGUGUGGAAUACGUCAUCGUGCGAAUUUGUUCGAACUUUAAAUGGGCAUAAACGGGGUAUUGCUUGUUUGCAAUAUAGGGAUAGGUUAGUGGUUAGUGGUAGUUCUGACAACACCAUAAGAUUAUGGGAUAUAGAAUGUGGAGCUUGUUUGAGAAUAUUAGAAGGUCACGAAGAGCUUGUUAGAUGUAUAAGAUUUGAUUCCAAACGCAUCGUUAGUGGUGCUUACGAUGGCAAAAUUAAAGUUUGGGAUCUAUUGGCAGCGUUGGAUCCUAGGGCGCCGACGAAUUCUUUAUGUUUAAGGACUUUAGUGGAACACACUGGUCGUGUUUUCAGACUACAAUUUGACGAAUUCCAAAUAGUUAGUAGUUCGCAUGACGACACUAUUCUCAUCUGGGACUUUUUGAAUUCUGUACCCGAUCCCAAACCUAAAACUAGUGAGCCUAAAUCUCCAUCACCGUUUACUUCGUACGAGUGAAUCUUCAAAACAGAAACGUUAACUAUGGUUGUAUAGACAAAUAAAAUUAUAUUUAUUCGUGAUUUUCAGUGUGUCUCAAGAUGGGACAACGAUCUGUAAAAUGCCUGAAUGAGGUCUGCAAGUAAUGGUGACUAUGAAACUCUUCUUGGAUAUACCUAAAUUAAUUUGAACUUAAUUUUGUAGUAAUCUGUACAUUUUGCAAUUUAUGUAAAUGAUAUAUUCUUUUUCGGAAAAUCACUUUUUACUUUUUACCCAAUUGUUUAAAAGAAGAAAAGUAUUUUAAAAAUGAUUGUCAGUUUAUAGUUGCAUAGUGCUUUUAUCUUAAUUUUAUUAUAUGGGGC